UUGGUACCAUCUGGUCAAUCCUGUCUUGGCCAAACCAGGAAAGGUACUGGCCUGAAUGGACAGGGCAACAUUUGCUUGUUCCACUGCCUUUUUUCGUGACUACAGCAGUUCAUCUCACACUGCAUUCUGCCUCCCAACAGGACACGUUGACUUUAUUGAAAAGGUAGACUCAUUCAGUUACUCAGACUUUUUCCGGGAUUAUUUGAUUCCCAACCAUCCCUGUAUUUUCUCAGCUAAAUUCACAGAAGGCUGGGGCAGCAGGAGAAACUGGGUCACUUGGGAUGGGAAGCCUAACUUCGAUUAUCUGUUGCAGAAAUUUGGAGAGGCUGUAGUACCAGUUGCCAACUGUGAUGUCAGGGAGUACAACUCUAACCCAAAGGAGCAGAUCCCCUUCAAGGAGUACAUAAAUUACUGGAAGGAGUACAUUAGAAAUGACUACCGAUCAUCUCGAGGGUGCCUUUACUUGAAGGACUGGCACCUAAGCAGAGCUUUCCCAGAGCAAGAUGUUUACACAACUCCUGUGUAUUUCACAUCUGACUGGCUGAACGAAUACUGGGACACCAUAGGCGUGGAUGAUUACCGGUUUGUCUACAUGGGACCUAAAGGUUCAUGGACUCCAUUCCACGCUGAUGUCUUCCGUUCCUAUAGCUGGUCGGCCAAUAUAUGUGGGAGAAAGAAGUGGUUGCUCUACCCACCUGGACAGGAGGAGAACCUCAAAGAUCGCCAGGGCAACUUGCCCUUCGAUGUGACUGCACCCAGUCUUCAGGACAGCAGUGUUUACCCUCGCUAUACCCAAAGCCAACCCCCUGUUGAAAUAUUACAGGAAGCAGGGGAAAUUGUCUUCAUCCCCAGUGGAUGGCAUCAUCAGGUUUACAAUCUGGAGGAUACCAUUUCCAUUAACCACAACUGGGUGAAUGGCUGCAAUGUGGCCAUAAUGUGGUGCUUCCUGCAGGAUGAGUUAGCAGCUGUCCAGCGAGAAAUCAAUGAAUGGAAGGACCCUAUGGAUGACUGGCACCUACAAUGCCAGUUGAUCAUGAAGUCUUGCACGGGUAUAGACUAUAAGGAAUUCUACAACUUCCUCAAAGUCAUUGCCGAGAACAGGAUUUCUAUCUUGGAGAAAGGCCUCGAUGAUGAAGCUUUAGCAAAGAACACUCCAAAAGCUGCCAUUUCCACCUUGGGCAUGCUCCACGCAGUGUUCGAUUUAAAGAGGACUGUGAAGGUGUUAACAUCUUUGAGUGCCAACGAAGAUUUCAAGAAACUAGACCUGACAUCACUUUCUCCACCACCCGAAGCAUUGCUCCACCACUUGAAAGCAGCAAUAGAUACAGCGCUACUCUAACUUCCUAUUUAUUCAGCCCUUUGUAAAAUGAACCUUUUACAAAAGAAGUGUUUCUAGAAGAAUGACUCCUACCUGUUUAACAGCAGUUACAAUUUAAGUGCGAAGAGCCUUACUCUAGCAUGGGGAGAGAGUACAUUCAUAAGAAGACUAAAUACUUUGUAAAUUGCUGACAGUUGAGUAUCUAGAAUUAUAGUACAUAAAGAAAAAAGAGAAGGAAAAACCCAAGUAACGUUGCUGGUGUUAAGACUGAUAAAUUGAGCCCUGCUAGUUGGAAUGCAUUCACUGAAUGAAAAUUCCCUGUGGAAUAAGCUUGGUUCGGUAGGGCUCGGUACCGAAACUACAGCAGUCUGCACCAUGAUUCCUCCUGUUUCUGAAAGCAUCUGGUCUGUACCGGAGGCUCCAGCAGAUAAUCUCUGCCAUGUCCUGUCACAGCCUCACUGUUUUAAAAUCUGUCCUGCUUCAUGGAGUAGCUUAGGCCUUUUUCACCUUAGAGGAUGGUUGUUGUUUAGCUCUCAUGAAGACUGCAACUGUACCUUAGAUAUGCAGGAGGUCUCUACUAAUUUCCUGUAUAGUGGUACUGCUCUACAACUUAAUCUCUCUGAUAGCCUCAAGUAGGAUGAAGGGCUGAGGCUUGACAGGAUUAGUUUUAACAUAUCAGGAAGGCAGAAUCCUGAUAGCAAAUCUACCACUAAUAAUUUUACCAUGUGAUCCACCCAAGCGCCAGAGGAGAAGCAUGAAUGUACUCUCUCCUUGCUAUAUGUUAUUUCAAGGCACAGUAUUUUCAAGAAGCAAAGACUUGAUUAAUCAGGGAAGCUAGCAUGUAGCCUCGUAUUAUCUAGUGAAAGAAAAAGCCAUGCUUUAAACACGCACCAAAUAGCACUCCUGCAUGGUUAACAGAGCACAAUUUAGAACCUGAAUACUACCCUUGGGCUGAAAAGGGAAAACAUUUCCAGUGAACUGUCCCUCUUGCUGUUGCAGGGUGGCAAGAAAGCCCAAAGCACAAAUGGCUGCAUACUGUUAACAUAGUUACCCCUUAGGGCUCACUUGAAUUAUUGAUCCCAAGCUUCCUCACCUCUCAACCAGAUGACCAGUUAAAGCAACCUUGUUUAGAAAGUGCAGUAUUUGAAGUAUUUAGUAGACUGGAAAAAAAUGCAUUGUUUUUCUAGAUAAUCC